AUGCAGACGACCAGUACGCACACGCACACGCACACGCACACGCACACGCACACGCACACGCUGCACCGCACGCUCCCGUCGCAGGAGACGCAGCGCCACGUCGCCGAGGCCCGGGCCGCCGUCGUCGCCUCCCUGGGCAACCUGAUCGACUCGGAGCUCCAGUCGCGCGCUGGCAUCCUGCACGACAACGCCGCCGCGCUGGACAGGCAGGAGCGGGACGUGCUCCGCGCCACCGACGGCCUGCGCCGCGAGGCGGGGAGGCUCGCGAGGGAGGCGGACGCCGCUGCGAGAAGGGUCAAGGAGCUGGGCAAUGUGCAGAACUGGGCCGAGGUCUUGGAGAGGGGGUUCCUGGUGCUCGAGGAGACGGUGCGGCUGGCGGACCGGGAGCGCGAGAGCGAGAGCGGGAGCUGUAGUUGUAGCGAGUGCGAGGGCGGCACGGCCGGCGGUGACGACGACGACGACGACGACGACGACGAGUACGUCGAGGGGGAGGGUAUGAUGGAUGUGGAUGUUGACCUGGCAAACAGCAUGCAUCGGGAUGGGAACCAGGGCAAGGGCGUGGAGACGGAAGGGUUGGCGGCGGGUGCCGACGUCGAUAUGGCGACGGCGACGGCGACGGCGAGAGGAGCGCAUGGUCGGAUGCCAGCAGAAGCUUGA